GCGUCGUGUCAGACAGUUCGGCAAUGGCGGUGGUUUCUUACCCUGCUGGAGAAUAUUAGGUGUAGUCUUCCAGCUUUUGACAAAGGGGGAACUGACCCUGCGCCGGUCGGGUUCUUUCAUCUCUUGGCUUCUGCUUUACCCAGAAGCCACCGCCUAUCCUCCUUUGUGUGCUUCAGGAAGCCGCGGAGCUGGUGGCGGCAGCUCUGGGCGUUGGGGGCGAAAAAGAGGGAGUGACCGGGAAGUCGCAGGCGCACCGAUUCAUCCCCGUCCCGCCACUUGGCAGGUCACAAAGAUGUCAGACAAAAGUGAGUUGAAGGCAGAGUUGGAAAGAAAGAAGCAGCGGUUGGCCCAAAUCAGAGAGGAAAAGAAGAGAAAAGAAGAAGAAAGGAAGAAAAAGGAAACGGAUCAGAAGAAAGAAGCAGUUGCUCCUGUGCAAGAAGAAUCAGAUCUUGAAAAGAAAAGAAGAGAAGCUGAAGCAUUGCUUCAAAGCAUGGGGCUCACUCCAGAAUCCCCCAUUGUCCCUGCUCCUAUGUCUCCAUCCUCCAAAUCUGUGAGCACACCAAGUGAAGCUGGAAGCCAAGACUCUGGAGAUGGUGCGGUGGGGUCCAGGACGCUGCAUUGGGAUACAGAUCCAUCAGUUCUUCAGCUUCACUCAGAUUCCGAUUUGGGACGAGGACCUAUUAAACUUGGAAUGGCUAAAAUUAUGCAAGUUGACUUUCCUCCUCGAGAAAUCGUCACAUAUACAAAAGAAACUCAGACUCCAGUUAUGGCUCAACCCAAAGAAGAUGAAGAGGAAGAAGAUGAUGUAGUGACUCCUAAACCACCAGUUGAACCUGAAGAAGAGAAAACUUUAAAAAAUGAUGAAGAAAAUGAGACUAAAGCUCCCCCUCAUGAACUGACUGAGGAAGAAAAGCAGCAAAUCUUGCACUCCGAGGAAUUUUUAAGUUUCUUUGACCAUUCUACAAGAAUUGUAGAACGGGCUCUUUCUGAGCAAAUUAACAUCUUCUUUGACUACAGUGGAAGAGAUUUGGAAGACAAAGAAGGAGAGAUUCAAGCAGGUGCUAAACUAUCAUUAAAUCGACAAUUUUUUGAUGAACGUUGGUCAAAGCAUCGUGUUGUUAGUUGUUUGGAUUGGUCAUCUCAGUACCCAGAGUUACUUGUGGCUUCCUAUAAUAAUAAUGAAGAUGCUCCUCAUGAACCUGAUGGUGUAGCCCUUGUAUGGAAUAUGAAAUACAAAAAAACUACCCCAGAGUAUGUGUUUCACUGCCAGUCAGCUGUAAUGUCUGCUACAUUUGCAAAAUUUCAUCCAAAUCUGGUGGUUGGUGGUACAUACUCAGGCCAAAUUGUGCUGUGGGAUAACCGUAGCAAUAAAAGAACUCCAGUGCAAAGAACUCCACUGUCAGCUGCUGCACACACACAUCCUGUGUAUUGUGUAAAUGUUGUUGGAACGCAAAAUGCUCACAAUCUGAUUAGCAUCUCUACUGAUGGAAAAAUUUGUUCAUGGAGUCUGGACAUGCUUUCCCAUCCACAGGAUAGCAUGGAAUUGGUUCAUAAACAGUCAAAAGCAGUAGCUGUGACAUCUAUGUCCUUCCCUGUUGGAGAUGUCAACAACUUUGUUGUUGGGAGUGAAGAAGGUUCUGUGUACACAGCAUGCCGCCAUGGCAGUAAAGCUGGAAUCAGUGAGAUGUUUGAGGGACAUCAAGGACCAAUCACUGGUAUCCAUUGUCAUGCAGCUGUUGGAGCAGUGGACUUCUCACAUCUUUUUGUGACUUCAUCAUUUGACUGGACAGUAAAACUUUGGACAACUAAGAAUAACAAGCCUUUGUACUCAUUUGAAGAUAAUUCAGACUAUGUUUACGAUGUCAUGUGGUCACCCACCCACCCAGCCUUGUUUGCCUGUGUGGAUGGCAUGGGAAGGCUGGAUUUGUGGAAUCUCAAUAAUGACACAGAGGUCCCUACUGCCAGCAUUUCUGUGGAGGGUAAUCCUGCUCUUAAUCGUGUACGAUGGACCCAUUCUGGAAGAGAGAUUGCUGUGGGUGAUUCUGAAGGACAGAUUGUUAUAUUUGAUGUGGGAGAGCAGAUUGCUGUCCCCCGAAAUGAUGAAUGGGCAAGAUUUGGCCGAACACUUGCGGAAAUUAAUGCAAACCGAGCUGAUGCAGAGGAGGAAGCAGCUACCCGAAUACCUGCUUAGCUCCUGAAAGUGGGAUAUGUACCUUAGUGGAUUUGGGGAAGACUCUAAUUAGAUCCUAAGACUAUUUGCAUGCUUCUGUCUAAAUGAUAAUUUAUAGGAAAUUUUUGUGGAUUAAACCAUGGGUUUAAUGCAAAAGGCAAAUCUUAAAAUGUCCCUUUUAUAUAACAUACUUCUUGUUUUGGAUUUAUGUCAUUUUUAAUACAACUGAUUAUCUUUACAGAAUGCAGCCUUUUCUGAAUUCUUAUACACAGGUGUAUACUUGAUGUUAGUUAUUCUUUUGAAUUCUUUUCAACUUAUAACACUAUAUACAGUUAUUUCUAAGGCACAGAUUAAAUAAUAAGUUCUGCAUAUUUUUAAAAAGUCACAAUUUCCUGUUAUGCUGAUAAUGUUCUCACUAACUAGAAUAUAUAGGAACAUUGUUUAUUCUUAGCCAUGGCAUGCAUACAUCUAUCCAAAUUCCAUUCUAAUACCCUUUUUCUUCUUUAUAAUUCAUGUAAUAAUUACAAAUAAAAGCAAAUAUGCUUUAACUUUUCAGAUUUUCAUUUUGAUUUAGCCCUUGUAAUUUACAUUUUUCCAUCUCUUUUAUAAAGUCUUUUUUUAAACAGCCACCUCAAAUCUUAUAAAGGUUUAAAAUGCCUAUAUGCCUUAACUAUACCAUAUAAUAUACUGCAUUAUGAACUAAUGGUUUAGAGAAUCUGUUGGUGAAAAUUUUCUCCUAGGUUAACUUUUUCUUCUUUUCUUUUUUUUCUCUUAUUUUCUUUCCAUCUAAGAUAUAUUUAAAGAAUGACCAAAAAACUGUCUGUUCUUUUCACUGAUUGAGAUUACUGUGCAUUUGAGCUCUCUGAGACUCCUUUGAGAGAAAUAGAUUUCAUGGUUGCAAUAGCCAUGAAAGAAAAAUGCUCAAAUGAAGUUUGUCUCUGAAUCAACUCUACAUCUUGAGAUUUGUUACCACAGUCUUAUUUAUAAGUCUGAAAGGUAAGUGACAAAUCUAAGAAUUAGUGUUGAAAUUAACAUAUUUCAGGACUAGAGGAAAGGAUUACAAUCACAUCUCAGUUUUUUUCCACUUUGAAUAGUCUAUACCCUUGAUCCUGAUCUCAUCCUUCUGAAGUUCAACUGUCCUUUAUGCAGCAGAACUUGAAUUAGGAGGAAGAAUAGAAAUGAGAAUUUGAAUUUUUUGUUUAAAUCUUAUAUCUUCCUGGUGAAAGACUUCUUAACUAUGAGUACUGUUUAGUGUAAGGAAUAACUGACCAGGAAUACUAGACCCAAACUCUAGUUCUGUCUCUCUCACUCAUGAGAAGUGUGAUUUUAACUAAGUCUUUCUGUCUGUCCUUCAUUCUUUUUAUCUAGGAUUAAAUUUGGAUUAGAUAAUUUCUAAAUUUCCUUCCACUCUAAAAUUAUUAAUUGUAAGUACUUCAGGAAAUCCUCCAUUUUUAUAUAUUCAGUUUUCAUAAAUUGACACGCUCAUAACUGCCUAUUAUUUAUCAAAGAUAAAUUUUUCCUAUCAGCAGACAAACAUCUCCAGUUAUUAUUUCAUGGUAGCAAUGUCUGUGAGUCAGAAGUUUGAUUUCAGCCAGGUCUCACUGUCUUUCUAUAGAAAAAUUCAUGUAAUCACUAUAAUAGUUAUUAUAUUUCUGCCCUCAGUUUAUAAAAAUGACUAGAAAAAGAGAGAACAUAAUUAUGACUGAUGUUGGUAAUCAAAAGAUGUAGUAAAUCAGAUGCUCAUAACUGUGAAAGAAUAAAAUCAGUAUUCACAAAAUUCCACCAAAGAGUUUAUGCUUUUUAGGAAUAAUUUCUCCCCUGUUUCUCCCAAAAAUGUAGUAUGGACCUUUGCCCAUGUAACUUCAGUCUAUAUUUUUAGGAAUGCAUGAAUUUAAUGUGAGGAAUUGCCUUUUAAGGUUGGCUGUAGAACAGCAAAAGAGAAAAUACUGAGACCAUCAGUGUUGAUAUAAAAUCUUCUGACAAGCUGACUAUAAAAGUGUAGCACACAUUACAUAGUUUAACCCUUUUGUCUUUGAAAAAUAUUCAUUUAUGGAAAUUAUCCCUUAUUUAUUACCAGUUACUUUUUUUUUUCUGAGUGGGAAAUAAGCUACAGCUUUCUGGCUAAUUUCUUAUUUUUUAUUUAUUGUUUGGAUUCUCUCUUUGAGAAGUUAAAGAUUACUGGUUUCCCUUGUUUGCAGACAGUAAUGAACUUACAAUGAGUCUCAAAGAAUCAUUCCCUGGUAUCA